AUGACAAACACCACCGAACAAACCACUGGAAAUACCUCCAACCCAAACCCAGGUUUCGACUUUGGCAAUAGUCCCGAAGGGCUGUUGCCCACCCCCGAAGAACAACAGCAGAUGCUGUUGAAAUGGCGAGAAGAGCAGGCUGCUAAAGCCCAAUCUUCCAAGACCAAGGAGCAAGAAGCUGCCCGACUAGCCAAGAAGAGGGAAGCCGACGAACUCCGGCUGAAGGCCCUCCAGCUACAAAGGGAAGAGAUUGAGCUCCAAGAGAGAGCCCUCCGAGAGGCCUUGGAGGCCGAAGGAGAUCGAGUGCCGGAAGGCGAAGGAAAUAAGAAGAGGAAUCGGGAAGACCAAGACGGGUCUUCGGACUCCGAGUCGCAUUCCCGAGGGCCUCGUCACAGGCAUGUCACACCUUCGGAUACCGAAGGAGAGGAAGGUCCCCACGUUAGGGACCGACUUCGCCGAAUGGAGAAGGCCAUGUUUGGGGACAAGACGUUGACCCAUGAGCCAGUGAUAGUCGAGGAGAUCGAGCAAUAUCGGCCGCCCCCGGGUAGACAGUUCCCGAAGAUGAAUGAAUUUAACGGGAAGGGCGACCCGAUCGAUCACUGCGACAAAUACGAGUCCCUGAUGACUGGAAUGGGACAUUGUGACAUCAUGCUAUGCAAGAUGUUUAAGACCUACCUGAAGGGAUCCGCUACGAUGUGGUACCGAUCCCUACGACCAAGGUCGGUCAGUUCUUAUGAUCAAUUGAAACGCAAGUUUUUGAGGCACUACUCUCACUUGUGCCGAAGAGAGAAGGAUACAGAAGCCCUAAUUCAUUGCCGACAGAGACCCAAUGAGGAGUUGGGCGACUACUUGGCCAGGUUCAAGGAAGAAGCUGGGAUGGUCACUAAUCUGGAUAAGGUGAAGGCUGCAGGGUUCCUGACGGCCGGUCUGGAUCCGGUGAAGGGUAAGAAGCUCCGAUCAUCUUUGUAUGAUAUACCCCCUAAAUCGCUGAAUGACAUCUAUUUGCGGGGAGAAAGCAUCAGAAGGAAGAUGGAAUCCAUCGGGGGACACAAGAGCGAUCGGAAAGAUGAUCGGUACAGUUCCCGUUCGGACGGCAGGGGAAAAAGGAAUGAUAGCCACCGAGGCAGGAGAGAUGAAAGGGAUGAAAAGCUGGAUCGGGGGGCCGAACGAAGGAGAGAUAGAGACAGCACUGUGUUCACUCCUCUGAAUACAUCUGUCUCCAAGAUUCUUAACGAAAUUAAAGGAAAACCAGGAUUCGUUCGGCCGCCGAAGAUGAAGAUCCCAGAUUACAAGAAAAACUCUGAUAAGUAUUGCGACUAUCAUCGUGACAACGGGCACAAUACCGAUGAAUGCUACCACCUGAAGAAGUUAAUAGAGAGGAUGGUCAAGGCUGGAGAUUUGAACCAGUAUGUUAAGGAUCUGAGGGAUCGGUUGGGUCCCAAAGAAGAUAAAGGGAAGGCGCCCGAAGAAGGUGAGAGGUACAGAGGUGAGGUCCGAACGAUUUUCGGGGGAACAAUUCUGGACCGAAGUAGCAAAACGGCUAAGAAGAAGUACGCCCGACAGGUCUACAACCUCUAUAGCAUCAACUCCACCAAACAGUCGUAUCCUAUAAUGUUUUCACAAGAAGAUUAUGAGGAUGUUAUGCUGCCGCACGAGGAUCCGUUGGUCAUUAAUCCCGUGAUCGGCCAAAACAAGAUCUGGAAGGUUCUGGUUGACGGGGGAAGUUCUGUUAACGUCCUCUACUACAACACCUACCAGAAGAUGAACCUGGAAGGCAAGCAGAUCGAUACCUGCUAUGAGGCACCCCUCUAUGGCUUCGGCAAUCAGCCGGUCCCGAUCGAAGGUACGAUCCACUUGCCCCUAUUGCUCGGUAAAUCCCCUUAUACUGUGGAAAAACAGGUCAAGUUUUAUGUGGUCCGAGUUGAGAGUCCCUUCAAUGCCAUCUUGGGGAGACCUGUUCUCACUGCUUUCGAAGCCAUUGCCUCUAUUCCCCAUCUUAAGUUGAAGUUCCCGACCGAAAAGGGGGUGGGAGAGAUGAGAGGUGAUCAGAAGGCAGCUAGGAUCAUUAUGCUGGAAGACUUGGAGAAAGAAAAGGAUCUAGGUGGCGCCGAAGGAAACAAACGGCGCCGAACCGAAGAUGGUCCUGGGGGCAGCGGCCAUGCCCUCCAUAUUGAGUUGGAGAAGUUUGGAAAUGAUCUCUCAAACCCGAUAGCCGAACCGGGCACCGAAACCGAAGAGGUGGAAUUAUAUGCAGGGUGCUCGGGAAAAAUGGUUCGGAUCGGUAAAGAUAUGGAGCCAGGGUUGAAGGAAAAAGUGAUUGAUGUGGUCCGUCGCUACCAUGAUGUCUUUGCCUGGGGACCCGAGGAUAUGCCAGGGUUGGAUGAGUCGAUCGCUCGGCACAGGCUAAAUGUUCAUCCUCAGGCUGUGCCCGUGAAGCAGAAGAAGAGGAACUUCGCGGUGGAGAGGCAAAAAGUGAUUGAGGCCGAAGUGGAGAAGUUACUGGAGGCCAAGUUCAUCGAAGAAAUCGAGUAUCCAGAGUGGUUGGCAAAUGUGGUGGUGGUCAAAAAGUCAAACAACAAGUGGAGAAUGUGUGUCGAUUAUACCGACCUCAACAAGAAUUGCCCGAAGGAUCACUAUCCUUUGCCGAACAUCGAUCAGCUGAUAGAUGCCACCUCUGGCUAUCAAAUACUCAGCUUUUUGGAUGCAUUCUCAGGGUAUCAUCAGAUCGCCAUGGAUGCCGAGGAUAUUCCGAAGACAGCAUUCAUCACCCCGAAGGGAACCUAUGCUUACAUCAAGAUGCCCUUCGGCCUGAAAAAUGCGGGGGCCACUUUUCAAAGGAUGGUGAACAAAGUCUUCGCCGAUCAGAUAGGCCGAAACAUGGAAUGUUACGUAGAUGAUAUGAUAGUGAAGUCCUUAUUUCAAGAUCACGCCGAUGACCUCAAGGAAUGCUUCGAGACCCUAAGACGGAACAACAUGAAGAUCAACCCCGCCAAGUGCACCUUCGGGGUUUGUAGUGGCAAGUUCCUAGGGUACAUGGUCAGCGCAAGGGGGAUCGAGGCGAAUCCCGAGAAGAUAAAGGCAGUGAUAGAAAUGGAAGCCCCGAAGACCAUUCGGGACAUUCAGAAGCUAACGGGGCGACUGGCAGCCCUCCGAAGGUUCAUCUCUCGGUCGGCAGAAAAGGCGCUCCCCUUCUUUGAAGUUUUGAAGGGAGCCAAGAAUUUUGAGUGGGGGCCGAACUGCAUAAAGGCCUUCGAAGAAAUAAAGGAAUAUCUGGUUAAAGCCCCUCUGCUGCUGAGGCCCGAUCCGAAGGAGACCCUCCAGUUGUACUUGGCAGUAAGUGACCGAACCCUUGGUGCGGUCUUGGUAAAGGAGCACGAGAAAAACCAACAUCCGGUCUUCUAUGUGUCUCAUAUGCUGAGGGAUGCCGAAACCCGAUACCCGAAUGCCGAGAAGUUCGCAUAUGGGCUGGUCAUGGCCUCGCGAAAAUUGCGACACUAUUUUCAAGGGCGAACGAUACAAGUGGUCACCGACCAACCUCUGAAGAAGAUUCUCAGCCGACCGGAGGCUUCGGGCAGAGUCGUCGCCUGGUCUGUAGAAUUGGGGGAAUACGACUUAGAGUAUGUUCCCCGAACAGCCAUUAAAGCCCAAGCCUUGGUUGACUUCAUGGUAGAGUGCCGUUUUUCCGGGCCGACGGACUUGGAACCGAAGGAACAGCUCAUUCGGACUCCUGGUAGGUGGAAGUUGUUUGUGGAUGGGUCGGUGGCCGGGUCAAAAUGUGGGGCCGGAUUGAUCCUUUCUAGUCCCGAUGGAUUUGAGAUUUGUCAAGCCAUCCGGUUCACUUUCCCUUUGACCAACAAUGAGGCCGAGUACGAAGCCCUCUUGGCAGGAGUGGGUCUAGCCAAAAAUCUGGAGGUAAGGCACUUGAGGGCUUUCAGCGACUCCAUGCUGGUUGUCAAGCACUUUUCUGGGGAGUAUGAACAGAAAGAGCCCCGAACGAAGGCUUACGCCGCUAAAGUACGCGAACAAACUCAGUUUUUCGAAACAUUUGAAUUGAGCGCCAUCGGUCGGGAAGACAAUGGCCGCGCCGAUGCUCUCUCUCGAUUAGCCUCGGCCGAAACACAGAAUUUGACGGGGUCCAUCUACUUGACGGAGGUAAAAAUGCCUUCGGUCGACAAGAAAGCUUGCCUGGAAAUUCAUCAAGGCAUAAAUUGGAUGACCCCCAUCAGAGCAUACUUGGAAAAAGGGUUCUUGCCCUUAGAGAAGAAGGAAGCCCAAAAGAUAAAGUACCGAGCAGCUAGCUACACACUGAUCGGGGGCCGACUCUUUAGGCGAUCAGUCUCUCAGCCGCUGCUCCGAUGCUUAGAUCCAGAAGAACAACUUCUAGCCCUGGAGACAGUUCAUGAAGGCAUCUGCGGCGAGCACCUGGCCGGCCGAUCCCUAGCCCUAAAGAUACUCCGACAGGGAUUCUUUUGGCCGACCAUCAGAGAAGAUGCAGCCAACUAUUCAAAGAAAUGCCGACAGUGUCAAAUCCACAGCAAUGUUCCGAAGCAACCCCCGGAAGAAAUGACUUCGGUCCUCAGCCCAAUCCCUUUCUCCAUGUGGGCCAUCGACAUAGUCGGAAUCCUACCAACCAGCACCCGGCAAGCCAAAUAUUGCAUAGUGGCCAUUGACUACAUGACAAAGUGGGUCGAAGCCCGACCGCUCUCAGCUAUCACCGAACAGGCUGCCAAGAAAUUCUUCCUGGAGCAGAUAAUUGUGAGGUUUGGCAUACCGAUGGUGUGUGUGUCCGAUAACGGCACCCAGUUUGUUGGGAAAAAGUUCAAGGAAUUCUUGGCCAGCUUCGGCAUUCAACAGAGGUUCAGCUCGGUCGGUCACCCCCAAGGAAACGGGGCGAUCGAGGCAGCAAACAAGAUCAUCUUCCACGGAAUCAAGAAGCGCCUUGGAGAAGCUAAGGGACUAUGGGCCGAAGAGCUCCCUUGGGUCCUGUGGGCAUACCGAACCACUCCUCGCUCUUCGACAGGAGAAACCCCAUUUCGGUUAGCUUACGGGACCGACUCGCUUGUCCCGGUUGAGGUUGGCCUGGAAUCUUACCGAACCCAGGUCUUCAAUCCUGAUACCAAUGAAUAUGGCCUCCGAGGCAACCUGGAUCUCUUAGAAGAAGAAAGAGAAGCCGCCCAUCAGAGGAACGUCCGAUACCAACAGCAAGCAUCUCAAUAUUAUGAUUCGGGUAUCCGAAAACGUUCUUUCAGAGUUGGGGACAUGGUUCUCCGAGACUUGGCUACUUCCAUGCCGACGAAGCAAGGAAAGCUUAUGCCAAACUGGGAAGGCCCCUACACUGUUGUUGAGAUAGUUCGGCCGGGAACGUACAAACUUGCCACUCCAGAUGGAAGCCCCAUUAAGAACACCUGGCAUGCUUCCCAGCUCCGGAAAUAUUAUCAGGGCAACCUGAUCAAAAUUACGGGACCAAAGGAGUUAUCCUUGAUUUAA